AUGGCGCCAUACAAAGUCCAAUUGGUUCAGGAGUUGAAGCCAACUGACCAUUCAAUGUGUUUUCGCUUCACUAAGCGGGCCUGUGAUCAACUUAGAGAAGAUGCCGAUUUUGCCAAAAACACAUCUUUUCAGAUGAUGCUCAUUUUGAUCGUGGCGGGUAUGAAAACAAGCAGUAGAUAUUGCUGGUGUCCAAUUAUAGACAAGUCCAUAACCGAACUAGCGGCAAAAUGCAUACAAUGUCAGGAAACAAGCAGUAGCCCAAGGAAGGAGUAUUCGUUCUGGCCGUCACCUGAUCAUCCAUGGCAGCGUAUACACCUCGAUUUUGCGGGUCCAUUUCUUGGUGACAUAUGGUUGGUCUGUAUAGAUGCAUUUUCUAAGUUCCCGUUCGUUGUUAAAAUAUCCACAACAAUGCCAUCUGCCACAAUUUCAGUUCUGAAAGGAAUUUUUGCGCUAAAGAGACUACCUGAUACAAUUUUUUCGGACAAUGGUCGACAAUUUGUGUCCCACGAGUUUGAGCGAUUCUGUUCUUCAAAUGGCAUUCAAGAUUUGACGUCAGCACCUUUUGAUCCUGCCUCUAAUGGAGAGGCUGAACGUUUUGUAAGGACUUUUAAAACGUCAUUAAAGAAGAUUAUGGAAGGAGGAGAAGACUUGAAUAAUGCGUCACUUCACCAUCUAAGCACUUUUCGAUCGACACCGAAUCCUAUAACCGGGAAAUCACCUGCAGAAAUAUUACAUGGACGUUAG